GACAGAAAUAUCCACGACUUUUGGUGCCCAAAAACCACCAUCGUCAACCACCACCAACCACCCCGCCGCGCGCCGAUAUUCCCCUCGGCCAACCACGCCCCAACCGACAAUCUGCGCCCACCGCCAGGCGUUUGCGAGCUCUGGUAGCCCCAGAUGAUUCCUUCACCACAAGCUCCCGCGUCCGAUCCCCAAAAUGUCUGAAGUCGAGGCCAAUGCCAACGGCGCCUCCGCCAACCUCGACCUGGUCGCCACCCGAAAGGCCCUGGCCUCAUCCUCGACCGUCGUGCGAAUAGCUCAACUCCGCACAAUCGACGAGAAAAUAGCCCAGAAAUCCCUUGACAAUGCCGAGCUGCUCCGCAUCAUCCAGCUCCUCUUUGGCACCCACGCCUUCUAUAUAGAUCGAGAGUCCCGCCUUGCUGCCCAGAAGUGUUUGGUUACCUUGAUAUCCACUGGAGUCGACCCAAAGAUCCUCGCUCCCCUCGUCGCCGCCCUACGAAAGGAAACACAGAAGCAUGGCAUUGCUCCCACGAGCGCAUUCGUCCUCGUUGAGUGGUGCGCGCUUCUCAUGCAGCACCUCGCAGACAGCGCGCUCUGGGGUACCUUUGCCAAAGAUAUUCUGCUUGCUGAUGCUGACGCCCUAGAGAAGUGCCUCCAACCCGUCUCGAGGAAGUCAGUCGCCCACUCUGCCCUAGUUGUCACGAGGAGGGGAAUGCGGAAGUUGUUCUCCAAUGCCGAAUCUGGCGAAAAGCGCGUGUCUGAAGCUAUCAAUAUCCUCACAGCCAAGGGUACCCAGUCUACGGCCAAGAACGCCGUCCUCUUAGGCGUCAUUGCUGGCGUCUCCGCCAGAAAAGCUCCUCUCAAACCCAUUGUCGAGGCAUCCAAGCCCAAGUUCUAUGAAUUCUUCGCCAGAGAGCUCGUUAGCUCUCGCUCCGCAAUCCCAGAGCACUUGGUCCUGGGCCUCGAAGAUUUCUUUUCCUCCUUUGCUACCCUGGACGAGGUUUCCAAAGACCUGGUCCCUGCCCUCGAGAAGGGUCUAUUGCGAGCUCCUGAGGUCAUCCUUAGUGGUGUCCUCACCCCUCUAGUCAAGUCUUUACCCGACACCUUCGACCUUUCCCAAGUGCUUGACCAAAAGCUUCUCAAGCCCCUUUUGUCGAAUGUCAAAUCGACAAAUGCCACCAUUCGCACUGGGGCUAUCGCAGCUUUCAGCUCCAUUGUGACUCGAUGCCACGAUGUAGACUCGGUGGAUCACAUCAUUAACGAGAUCGCAACUCCAUUAAAGGCUGGCAAGCUUUCUACUGCUGAUCACCGAGUCCUGCAUGCCCAGAUGCUCGAAGCUACUCCACUGUCCAAGUCGAGCGCUGACACGGUUGCCAAUGCGCUAGCCGUCGUCGCUAGCAAGGAGGGCAAUGAAGCUGCUCUAGUAGCUGAGACCUCUGCUCUAGCCAUGGCCGUUGCGUUCCUUCUCGAGAACAAUUGUGAGAUCGCUAAGCCUGUUUUGGAAGCAUUCGCCAAGGGGCUCGCGGACAAGAAGCCUCCUUCUCGCAAGGCUUGGUUGCUGCGUGUGGGGUAUAUCCUCCAGACUUUCAAAGAUGCCGGAUCAGUAUCCCCGGUGAUGUCUGCCUUUGCUGAGGCUGUCGUACCUAAGAUCAUCACUACUUUUACAGAAGUCGUUGCAAAUGCCGCUACAGCAGUUCAGAACGGCCUGAUCGUCGGUGCUUAUAUUCUGGCUGCUGUAUCCCCAGUCAUCCAUGACCGAUUCCCAGGCUCAUCCGCGGAUACUGCCUUGUCCAAAGCAGCUGUUCCCAAGCACUGCCUCUCUGUGGACCCGAAGCCCUCAUUCCUCCUGAACCAUCGCAUUUACUCCAAAGUGACGGGAGAGGAGGACCUGAGAUGGUUCGCCCGAGCUCUAACUUCAAUCUUUGGAGAUCUGGGGCGCCAACCGGAGACUCCGACGGCCUUGGCCUGGUCAGAGGGAUUUAUCCAUCUGAUUACUUCUCAUGGUGUUCCUGCCAAGGUCCAACAAGAAACAUCAAAGGAUUUAUCCCAACUCUACGCACAGAACCCAAGCUUAACAUCGGAAUUUAUUAUCAGUGGACUUUGGGAUUACCUGGAUCAAGCUAAGGCCCAUGACAAAGAUCGAAAAGCAGAUGCUCUCAACCUCAUUCAAGUUGUCAGGUCCAUUUGCCUUCCUUCUAAAGAGGUAGAAAAGGCCGGCUACAGCAUCACCAAGGAAGAUCAAGAACUCCAGGCAUGUUCGCUCUUAGUGCUGGCCCGUCCAGAGUUGAUCCCAAGGGCAAACUGGAUUGAUCUCUGCCUCCGGAUGGAGCUUGACCCAGGUGACUUGGUGCGCAAGCACCAAGGCGAUCUUCUCGAGGAGAUUAGAAAUAAAACUUCUCUUGACCAGAAGGCUGACGCGGUGAAGAACGCGGCAUACAAUGCCGCUGCCGAUUUGGCUUUUGUCGCUCCCGAUACUACCAUUCCUCCGCUAAUGGAAUUAAUUGGUCGUGACCUCGACGUUGAACAGCUCCAAGACAUUGGCCCUGUAGAAGCCGCCAUCUUCAGAACCCCAGAGGGCACUUGUUUCGUUGAUGUGCUGGCAAAGAAGGCGCAACAAACAGUAGACAAAAACAAGAAGGAUUAUGACAUCUUGAAAUGGGAAGAAGAACUCAGAAGUCAGCUGGAGAAGAAGAAGGGCCAGCAGCGAAAACUCACUGCUGAUGAGACUGCCAAGGUGCACGCUCAGCUAAAGAAGGAAAGCCAUAUCAGAAAAAAUAUCCGAGAGCUCGAGGCUCGGCUCCUCCGAGGCAUCGGCAUUAUUAAAAGCCUAGCGACUGGCCCACCUACAGAUGCUGCGCAAUGGCUAGGCACAGCUGUUUCGCUUCUGUUGAGUGUCAUGGACGCAGGUGCCAACCUGAUCACAGGCGAAGCGGCACCCUUGGCCUACAUUGUUUGCUCUGAGAAGGUUUCGUCUCGGUUAGGCUCCAUGAGACCCUUCAUCGGAGUUGCCACCCUCCGACUCCGAGGAACAUCACUCCCAGAUAAUUACAACGAAGAGCCACUUGAGGAUCUCGUCACCAGAGUGUUGUAUCGCCUGAGAUUUGCUGGCGAACAGCGACCAUUCGACUCGGUCUCUCUAAUUUACCUUCUGCCGCUAAUGCUUGAUGUUCUCCGCAAGGGUGGAAUUGGAGACACGGCCGAUGAUGGAGACGCUCAGCUCGUCUUGGCUAUAGAAAUUCUCUCCUUCCACACCGACGUCUGCGCAGAUGAAGCUGUGCCUCGGGCUGAGGUUCUGUCAGUUCUCAUCAGCUCUAUGCAAAGCUACGCUCAGCAUUACAAGCUCAUCAAGGACUGCUUUGCCGAUAUGUGCCGCUGCAUAGCACCCAAUAUGAACCAGGAGGAGAUGGUUGUCUUGGCAAAGGGUGCUUUAGUGCCAGAAACCCGAGUCAGGUCAUCCGUUCUGCAAUCAAUCAGCGCCGAAGUCGACAUGGCUGAUCUCGGCUACUCUGAUGAAAUCUGGGUGGCCUCUCACGAUGACGAGGAAGAAAACGUUGAGCUUGGUCAAGAGAUCUGGGAAGAGAGCAGGUUCGAAGUCAGUACCGAGGUACCUUUGAGAAUGCUUCCUUUCCUUCAGAGUAAGGAUGGUCAGCUUCGGCGUGCUGCAGCAAGGUCCCUCGCUGAGGCCGCCAAAAUGCAUAACGAGACUUUGGACAGCGUCCUCGCACAGUUAAACUCAACCUACGUAGAGCUUGCAAAGCCACGAGUUCAACUGCUUGACGAAUUCGGCAUGCCCAAGAAGAUGGACCUCUCUGAUCCUUGGGAAGCCAGGCAGGGAAUUGCCACAGCGUUCAAGGAACUUGCCCCCAUCAUCAAGACGACUCAGCUAGAUGCAUUCUUCGACUUCUUGAUCGAUUCCGGCCCAUUGGGAGACAAAAACGGCGCAGUUCGAGGUGAAAUGCUCGAUGCGUCUAUCCGGACCAUUGAGAUCCGCGGUAAAACCAUCCUCGAUCGGCUGAUGAAGAAGUUCGAGCGGACUUUGGAGCAACCAGACAAGGGUAGUGAGGCGGCUGAUCGUGUCAAUGAGGCCGUAAUCAUUAUGUACGGUGCUCUGGCUCGUCAUCUCAACCCUGGCGACCCCAAAAUCCCCAUCGUUGUUGAUCGGCUCGUGGCCACCUUGAGCACUCCAUCGGAGACUGUGCAGUACGCCAUUGCCGAAUGCCUCCCUCCCCUUAUUCGGGCCUGCCGUGAUAAGUCAUCAAAAUACUUUGGACAAGUCAUGGAGGAGUUGCUCUCAUCAAAGAAAUAUGCCAUCCAACGGGGUUCGGCAUACGGAUUGGCCGGCCUCGUGAUCGGCAGGGGUAUCUCGGCACUCCGGGAGUAUCGCAUCAUCUCAACUCUGAGGGGCGCAAUGGAGAAUAAGAAGGAACACCACCAACGCGAGGCUGCGCUGAUUGCGUAUGAGCUCCUCUCAACCAUGCUUGGGCGGCUCUUUGAACCCUAUGUCAUCCAGGUCGUUCCUCAGCUGUUGACGGGCUUCGGCGACGCCAACGCCGACGUUCGAGACGCUUGUCUUGCUGCUGCAAAGGCAUGCUUCGGAAAGUUGAGUUCUUACGGUGUGAAGCAAAUCAUGCCGACGCUCCUGGGAGGACUCGAGGACCAGCAAUGGCGCAGCAAGAAGGGUGCAUGUGACCUUCUCGGUGCCAUGGCGUAUCUCGAUCCGCAACAGCUGGCGAACAGUCUGCCUGAUAUUAUUCCACCCCUGACUGGCGUUCUGAACGACAGUCACAAGGAGGUCAGGGGAGCCGCAAACCGAAGCUUGAAGAGAUUUGGUGAAGUCAUCAACAACCCUGAAAUCAAGAACCUGGUGGGCAUCAUUCUCAAAGCUCUCAGCGACCCUACCAAGUAUACAGAUGAGGCUUUGGAUGCCCUCAUCAAGGUUCAGUUCGUGCAUUAUCUCGAUGCACCAUCCCUGGCGUUGGUCACUCGUAUCUUGCAGCGCGGCUUGAGUGAUCGAUCCAACACAAAGCGUAAGGCAGCCCAGGUUAUCGGCAGUCUGGCUCAUUUGACUGAGAAGAGGGAUAUCAUUAUGCAUCUACCUAUUCUUGUGACUGGCCUGAAGAUUGCCGUGGUUGACCCUGUACCAACUACGCGAGCAACAGCGUCCAGGGCUCUGGGUUCCUUGGUCGAGAAGCUAGGCGAAGAUACUCUACCUGACCUGAUCCCUGGUCUUAUGCAAACUCUCAAGUCGGAUACCGGAGCAGGCGACCGAUUGGGAUCUGCCCAGGCGCUCAGCGAGGUGCUUGCGGGAUUGGGCACGACCAGACUCGAAGAGACACUUCCAACGAUUCUUCAAAAUGUGGAGUCCUCGAAGCCCGCCGUCCGCGAAGGUUUCAUGUCCCUCUUCAUCUUCCUUCCCGUAUGCUUCGGAAAUGGCUUUGCCAAUUAUCUUGGCCGGAUUGUCCCACCUAUUCUUGCUGGUCUUGCUGAUGACAUCGAGUCUAUCCGAGAGACCGCUCUUCGUGCGGGACGCUUGUUGGUCAAGAACUUCGCUGUUCGAGCCGUCGAUCUCCUCCUCCCAGAACUCGAGCGUGGUCUUGCGGAUGAUAGCUACCGUAUUCGCCUAAGUUCGGUCGAGCUUGUGGGCGACCUUCUAUUCAACCUCACCGGAAUCAAAGCAAAUGCCGAUCCCGACGACGAUGAUGAGAACAUCAAGGAAGCCGGCGCUUCCCUCAAAGAGGUUCUUGGAGAAGAAAAACGCAACAAGAUUCUCUCUGCUCUUUAUGUGUGUCGUUGUGACACGGCUGGAGCCGUGCGGUCAGCUGCCAUUGCGGUUUGGAAGGUUCUGGUUCACAGUCCUAGAACCCUCAAGGAGCUUGUGCCAACCCUCACACAACUUCUUAUCCGGCGCUUGGGAAGUUCCAACAUGGAGCACAAGGUCAUUGCUAGCAAUGCUCUAGGAGAGCUUAUCCGAAAGGCUGGUGAUGGUGUACUUUCAAGCCUCCUCCCUACCCUUGAAGAAGGCUUGCAGACGUCGACCGACACGGAUGCCAAGCAGGGCAUCUGCCUCGCUCUUCGGGAGCUCAUCGCUUCUGCCUCCCCUGAAGCAUUGGAGGACCAUGAGAAGACGCUCAUUUCGGUUGUGCGCACCGCCCUCACAGACUCAGAUGAGGAUGUCCGGGAAGCUGCUGCCGAAGCCUUUGACUCUCUGCAACAAAUUCUUGGCAAGCGAGCGGUUGACCAAGUGCUUCCCUUCCUGCUUAACCUGCUUCGGUCCGAAGACGAAGCAGACAAUGCCCUGUCCGCUCUUCUCACUCUGCUCACAGAGACAACCCGAUCGAACAUUAUUCUACCCAACCUCAUCCCAACCCUCACGACUCCUCCCAUCUCUGCUUUCGACGCCAAGGCUUUGGCCUCCUUGUCCAAGGUGGCCGGUCCUGCCAUGAACAGGCGCUUGCCUAACAUUGUCAACUCGCUCAUGGACAAUGAGAUCAACUGCAAGGAUGAUGAUCUACGCGAAGAGUUGGAGAUUUCCUUCGACACGGUUAUUCAGUCUAUCGACGAGUAUGAUGGCCUGAACACUGUCAUGAACGUCCUUCUGCAGCUUUUGAAACACGAAGAUCACCGUCGCAGAGCAGCUACCGCACGCCAUCUGGGCAACUUCUUCUCAGCGUCGAGCGUGGAUUAUUCAAGGUAUAACCAAGACAUUAUCAGAUCGUUACUCAAUUCCUUUGACGACCCCGACAUGGACGUGGUGAGGGCAUCUUGGGCAGCGCUCAGCGAGUUUACCAAGAAGCUGAAGAAGGAGGUAAUGGAGUCCCUCGUCAUCUCUACCAGACAGACACUCCAGCGUGUCGGCGUUGCUGGUGCCAACCUGCGCGGAUUCGAACUCCCGAAGGGCAUCAAUGCCAUCCUACCAAUCUUUUUGCAGGGUUUGAUGAACGGCACGGCAGACCAAAGAGUUCAGGCAGCCCUAGGUAUCUCGGAUAUCAUCGACCGUACCAGCGAGGCCUCUCUGAAGCCGUUCGUCACGCAAAUCACAGGUCCCCUGAUCCGAGUGGUUUCAGAGCGCGCUACGGAGGUCAAGUCUGCUAUCCUUCUCACCCUCAACAACCUACUCGAAAAGAUGCCGACUGCCCUCAAGCCAUUCCUGCCUCAGCUUCAGCGUACCUUUGCCAAGUCCUUGGCUGAUACAUCAAGCGAGGUCCUAAGGACAAGGGCGGCAAAGGCUUUGGGCACCUUGAUCAAGUAUACCCCUCGUAUCGACCCUCUGGUUGCCGAGCUGGUCACUGGAUCCAAGACGGUGGAUCCCGGUGUCAGGACGGCCAUGCUCAAGGCACUGUACGAGGUUAUCAGCAAGGCAGGCGCCAACAUGGGAGAGGCGUCACGGGCUUCUGUUCUGUCUUUAAUUGACAUGGACACCGAUGAGAGAGACGAGGCCAUGACGGUAACGAACGCAAAGCUCCUAGGCGCAUUGAUCAGCAACGUCCCCGAGGACGCCGCAAGUGGCUUGUUGAAGAACCGGGUAGUUACAUCCCAGUUCAGCAACUCGUCGGUACUCGCUCUCAAUGCUGUGAUGGUUGAGUCCCGGGAUACAUUGCUACAGGGCCCCUUAGCUGAUGAGCUGCCCGAACUCCUUUGCCAGGGCGUCACAAGCAAGAGUGUAUUUGUGGCUGACAAUUGCAUUCUGGCCACUGGCAAGUUCCUAUUGUCUCCUCCGGCCAAGAGCUUCGAAUCCACCAAGGGUAUCUUUGAGGCAUUGGCGACGGUUAUCCAACCCGGCAACCCCACAGACUCGCGUCGACUCGCUUUGGUCGUCGUGCGCACGCUGAGCCGAAACGACAUGGACAUGGUUCGGCCUCAUCUGCCGCUACUGGCGCAGCCCAUCUUUGCCAGUGUGAGAGACCCAGUGAUCCCCGUCAAGUUAGCAGCCGAGGCGGCGUUUGUCGAGCUGUUCAGCGUAGCGGACGAGGAGAGCCGCAUAUUCGACAAGUUUAUGGCCGGCCCUGGGGCAGACCUUCCGGCCAACACGAAGAGGAGCAUGGGAGACUACUUCAAGCGAGUGGCGGUGAGACUAGGUAACCAGGCACGCGAAAGGCGUGAUGCAGAGGGAGGCCAAGGUGGAUUAGGCCUUUCCAACGAUGAAGCGGAGGACGAACGAGAGAUCUGGAGCGUGGGAAAAGUGGAUGUUGGAACCGAUGUGUUUGCUUGAACGCUUGGACGAUCAAGAAUGAUGGCACUUGUGUAGACAUGUUCCAACAUUGUGGUUUUACUAGGUAAACAUACCAAAAGGAAAUGACAUUUAUUAUGAGUUGCUUGCUUCGGGCGGACCACCAGCCGUUGUGUAAAUGUGUGGUGUUGUUAGCCUGGCCCAAAGCGCCACACAUCGAACACUCCCAGCUACCAGCUCUCUACGCAAUGGACAGUGUAUCAAUGCGUAGCUCGGUGAUGCAGAAGGAAAAUUAGUCGGAAGGGUCCCGCUCGCUUCGAGGUGCAAGUCAAGGGCCGAAGAUACCUUAGGGCAAUGAUCCAUGGUUGUUAAGUAACCCAGGGCAAAGACAAAAACGG